AUGAAAAAUUUGAAUUACACAAGUGAGCCUGACUUCUUCAUCCUCAUGGGGCUGACAGAUUCCAGAGAGAUUCAGAGGGUCCUUGCUCUACUGUUCCUCCUGAUAUACCUGGUCACUGUGCUGGGCAACGCAGGCAUGAUGCUGAUCAUCUGUCUAGAUACUCAGCUUCACACUCCAAUGUAUUUCUUUUUAACCCAUCUGUCAUUCCUUGACCUCAGCUACUCAACUGUCAUCACACCUAAAACCCUAGAGAAUCUGCUGACUUCCACUAAGAUUAUUUCCUGUACUGGCUGUUUCACUCAAAUGUACAUUUUUGUGCUCUUGGCUGCUGCUGAGUGUUUCCUUCUUGCUUCAAUGGCCUACGAUCGGUAUGUAGCUAUAUGCAACCCUCUCCACUACCCAGUUGUCAUGUCCACAAGACUCUGCAGUGUCCUUAUCACUGGUUGCUAUAUGAUUGGAACUAUGGACUCCACUGUUAAUAUGCUAUGCAUGAGCACCUUACAUUUCUGCAGACCCAAAGUAAUCCAUCACUUUUUUUGUGACACAACUCCAAUUUUAGCACUCUCUUGCAAUGAUAAACGUAACAUUGAAAUCAUUAUGUUCAUUUUUGCUGAUUCCACCCUAAUGGUGUCUCUAACUACAAUAUCUGUGUCCUAUGUGUCUAUUCUCUCUACUAUUUUGAAGAUCAAUUCCACUUCAGGAAAGCACAAAGCCUUCUCUACUUGUGCCUCUCAUCUCUUGGGAGUCACUGUCUUCUACGGGGCUUUAAUCUUUACUUAUUUGAGACCAAGUAAGUCCUACUCCUUGGGAAAGGAUCAAGUGGCUUCUGUUUUCUAUACCAUUGUGAUCCCAAUGCUGAACCCACUCAUUUAUAGUCUCAGAAACAAAGAAGUGAAAAAUGCUGUCGGUAGAGUUAUCAAGAAACGGGACAGCUCAAGGUAGUUAAGUUCACAGUGAUGCUAAGU